AUGGCACCACCGUUCAAUAUGUCAGAUAGAUCAAUAAUUUGCUAUACGCCAACCAUGACAACAACAAAUGGUUUAUGGCAGGGAGAUAACCCUUUAGAUUAUUCCCUCCCUCUCUUCAUCUUGCAAUUAACGUUAGUUGUUUCCGCCACACGUUUCUUUGUUUUCAUCCUCAAGCCAUUCCACCAACCUCGUGUAAUUUCUGAAAUCAUGGGAGGAUUGCUAUUAGGUCCAUCGGUGGUUGGUAGAAGUGAAAAAUUUGCAAAUUCUGUAUUUCCAUUGAAAAGUGUGAUGGUGAUGGAGACAAUGGCAAACAUAGGCCUCAUAUACUUCCUUUUCCUAAUAGGGUUAGAGAUGGACAUUUCAAUUAUCAAACGCGCUGGGAAAAGGACUGCAUCCAUAGCUGUUGCUGGUAUGGUAUUGCCCUUUUUGGUUGGUGUUUACUCCUCAUCUUUCUUAGAUGAAAAAGACGAGAACAUGAACCAUGGAAGCUAUGCCCUCUAUCUUGGUAUUGUUCUAUCUGUGACAGCAUUCCCAGUGCUUGCUCGAAUGCUAGCUGAGCUAAAGCUCAUCAACACAGACCUUGGAAAACUUGCUGUUUCAACUUCUCUCGUCAAUGACGUGUGUGCAUGGAUGUUAAUGGCUCUAGCUAUUGCUUUGACACAGCAAAAUACUAGCACUUGGGCCUCUCUGUGGGUUGUACUAUCAAAUAUUGUUUUUGUUUUGUUCUGCUUUCUUGUUGUUAGACCAGCAGUGAAUUGGUUGAUCAAGAGAACCCCAGAAGGAAAACACUUCAGUGACUUCCAAAUAUGCGUUGUGCUCCUUGGUGUUAUGAUCUCAGCCUUUGUCACAGAUGUGCUUGGAACACAUUCUAUUUUUGGAGCUUUUGUAUAUGGGCUAGUGAUUCCAACUGGCCCACUUGGAGCUGCCAUAAUAGAAAAGCUAGAAGACUUUGUUUCUGGGCUUUUGCUUCCUCUCUUUUAUGCCACUAGUGGGCUUAAGACUGAUAUCAGCUUGAUCAGUGGAGCUCGUGCAUGGACAUUUAUACUCAUGGUGAUUCCUCUCACUUUUAUAGGCAAGAUUGUUGGAACUCUUGGUAUUUCACUCCUUUUCCAGAUACCAAACCGUGAUGGUGUUGUUCUUGGUUUACUUAUGAACACUAAAGGCCUUAUUGAAAUAAUUGUGCUCAAUGUUGGGAGAGAACAAAAGGUCUUGAGUGACAAAAUAUUCUCAAUUAUGGUUAUCAUAACUCUCAUAAUGACAGCAAUCGUUUCACCCAUUGUGACAUUAAUUUAUAAGCCGAGAAAAAGGCUCAUACCUUACAAAAAGAGAACAGUGCAAAAUUCAAGACUUGAUGCAGAAUUAAGGAUGCUGGUGUGUAUUCAUGCCCCUAAAAAUGUCCCCACAAUAGUUAAUCUCCUUGAAGCAACUUACCCUCACAAAAGGUCUCCAAUAUGUGCUUGUGUGCUCCACUUAGUUGAACUCACCGGUAGAGCUUCUGCCAUGCUUGUUGUCCAUGCUAACAGAGAAUCAGGAGGCCCAGCGCUCAACAAAACACAAGCACAAACCGACCACAUCAUCACUGCAUUUCAAAACUUUGAGGAACAUGUAGGUCAUGUCUCAGUCCAACCCUUGACAGCUAUUUCCCCUUACUCUACCAUGCAUGAAGACAUAUGCAGUUUGGCAGAAGAGAAAAGGGUAUCCAUAGUCAUCAUUCCUUUCCAUAAGCAGCAAGCAGUUGAUGGAGAAAUGAAAGACACAAAUCCGGCUUUGAGAAUGGUGAACCACAAUUUAUUACAGAAUUCACCUUGCUCAGUUGGUAUACUUGUGGAUAGAGGCCUUAAUGGAUCCAACCGCUUAAUUUCAAGUCAAGCAUCUCACCAAGUGACUGUGUUAUAUUUUGGAGGACCAGAUGAUAGAGAAGCACUAGCUUAUGGGUGGAGAAUGUCAAGACAUCCAAGGGUUCGCCUCACUGUCAUGCAUUUCAUUCCAAGGGUGGAUUUAACUGAGACUCAGGCUACAGAUAAGUUUGAUAUAAGAGCAAACAGCAUAAAUAAUUAUAUGGCUGAGAGCAAACUAGACGAUGAAUAUAUGAAAGAGUUCAAAAUGGUGGCUGCAAAAGAUUGCUCGGUUGUUUACAUAGACAAGGUUGUGAGUAAUGGAGAGGAAACAGUUUCGGCAAUAAGAUCAAUGAACAAUGCCAAUGACUUGUUCAUUGUUGGAAGAGGUCAAGGAGCAGCAUCACCACUAACAGAAGGCCUAACAGAUUGGAGUGAGUGCCCAGAGUUGGGAGCCAUUGGUGAUUUGCUAGCUUCUUCAGACUUUGAAACAACAGCUUCAGUGUUGGUGAUGCAUCAAUAUGUUGGGCAAGGGCCAGAUGGGGAGGAAGUUUUUGCUUGUGAAAGACCAUGGCAAACAAGCGAAAUGUACGUUAACAUGAAACAACAACAACAACAUAUGCAAAGAUAUACAGUGCCAAUGGGAAUGGGAAACUCUUUCUUAUAA